AUGGCAGAGAAGCUGGAAGAAGAGUUAACAACCACCGACACCGGUACAGUGUCUGCACAGCCAAUGGAGGGGUUGCAUGACGUGGGUCCACCGCCUUUUCUGAUCAAGAUUUUUGAGAUUGUGGAGGAUUCUGCAACAGAUGCAGUGAUUUCUUGGAGCAGGAGUAGGAACAGUUUUAUUGUGUGGGAUUCUCACAAAUUCUCCACCAUUCUUCUCCCUAAGUACUUCAAGCACAGCAAUUUCUCCAGCUUCAUUCGCCAGCUUAACACAUAUGGCUUUAGAAAGGUGGAUCCCGAUAGAUGGGAAUUUGCGAAUGAGGGAUUUUUGGGAGGACAGAAGCAUCUUUUGAAGACAAUCAAGAGGAAACGAAAUGUCAUGCAAAGCUCGACUUCGCAAGGAGGAAGUUCAUGCGUUGAGUUGGGGCGUUUUGGUGUGGAAGAAGAAGUCGAAAGACUGAAACGUGAUAGGGAUGUGUUGAUGAUGGAAAUUGUGAAUCUGAAACAACAACAGCAUAACUCAAGGGAGCAGAUCAUGGAAAUUGAAGAAAGAAUUUGCAGCACUGAAAGGAAGCAACAACAAAUGAUGAGUUUCAUUGCUAAAGCCUUCGGAAAUCCGAUGUUUGUCCAGCAUUAUAUGGAUAAAUAUGCGCAGAAGCAAGAGCGCUUAGAGAUUGGGCAAAAGAGGAGACUUACUAUGAGUCCAAGGGUCGAGAAUUCGCAGGAUGCUGUAUCCGUUGCAAUGGGCGUUAAUCAGUCUUCGAACUAUACAAGUCAAGAUGAAGAGGAGCUUGUGAACAUUCAAUUAGACAUAGAGACAUUGUUUCCCUCUCCAAAGGACACUACAUCAGAGAUUGGCCCUGGCACCGAGUUGAAUUCUAUUGCAGAGGGUAUGUUGGAGGAAAUGCUCGGGGAAGAUCUAAUUGUUGACUAUCAAGCCGAAGAAAUCUUGGCAGCCAAUGAACCAUUAGUUGCAAAAGUGGAAGAUUUGGUAGCAAAAACACCAGAUUGGGAUGAGGAUUUACAAGAUCUUGCAAAUCAAUUUGGAGAUAUUUAG